CACCUGAGGACAACUUUCAACCUUUGCUGUCCACCGUGGUUAUUGUUAUGCUCUGCGGUGCUCAUGAGCCCAGCGCUGAGAUGCACACAAGGGCUGAAGGUGACAUGGACAGGCCCGCAGACCAUCCAGAGGGCCGAGGGCGACACCGUGACUUUGGCUUGCAGUUACACGCCGAGCUUAUUGGACACCGGAGAAAUUGACAUUGAAUGGUCUGUGCUCAGUCCAGACACUACCAAGAAGGAUCAGAUGCUUCUGUCAUACACCAGAGGCACCAAGUACUACCAUGGAGGUCCUAGAGUUACUGAAGGCUUCAGCUUUGCUGCAGGCGAUCCCUCCAAGGGCGACGCUUCUCUCUCCAUUGCUCAGCUGUCGCGCGACCACAGUUCUACCUACCAGUGCAAAGUGAAGAAGUCACCUGGGGUCGAUACCCGCAAGGUGUCACUGGUGGUUAAGGUAAAACCAUCUGUACCUCGCUGCUGGCUGGAAGGAGGGGAGCUUGUCGGUGAAGCCGUUUCUCUGCACUGCGAGUCCUCUGAAGGAUCCACUCCCCUAACGUACAAGUGGCGGAGAGAAAGCAAAGACCCCCUGCCUGCUGCUGCCACACAGGACGGCGCAACCGGGGAGUUGAGAAUCAACAACCACACACAGAGAUUUGCAGGGAUCUACCUUUGUGAGGUGAACAAUGCUGUUGGAGCUGAACGCUGCAGGAUCAGCCUGAGAGCCAACAAGCAUCCAAACAGAUCUGCAGUGAUUGGGGGAAAGGUUGUGGGUUCGCUUCUCCUCAUCUUCAUCUUUCUGGUGUUUGCUGGGGUCCUGCACUGGAAGCUGAAGGACAGACGCCACCAUGAGGAGGAGUUCUCCAAUGAAAUCAGGGAGGACGUGGGGCCACCUGACAGCCGCCCGGUGAGCCGGCACACCGGUCGGACCCCACAAACUGCUUACAACUGGGCCGAUCAGAACGAUGUCAGGACAUUUCACGCAUCAGCUACAGGCGAGGACAAACAGCGGCUGGAGAUGACAGCAAGCACCGAUACGCAGCGUGACGCAGGAGGACUUUAACCUGGACACUACAGGGCAGUUUGGAAAGGAAAAAAUAUAUAGAGAAGUUAAAUGUACAUGCAGGUCAAA